AUGCUCGCUCUUAGAGGACAAAGAAUAUUGUCAAAACCAAAACUUCUUGCUUUACGAAAAUAUGCACAAGUGGCUUUACCAGAAGAAAAUGAGUAUACAGACACUCCUGUCUAUCCUGAUAUUCAGGAUGCAUCGUUGCAGGCAAGAAAAUUACGAGAGAGAGAAAGUGUAUAUGCUAACAUCAGGAAUCUAAAUACCGUAGAAGAAAAACAAAUCGGCUUAAAUAUGCCUCGUUAUUAUGGAUGGCCUUGUGUCCAAUUUAAAGAAGAUCAUAUAAUGUAUAACGCAAUGCCUUUAGUUCAGUACUAUACAAGAACUUAUUUUAAAACGACAGAUAAGCUUCCUGAACAUUAUAACCAAUUUUCAGAAAUAGCAAGCUCCAUAGUUAAUGAGAUAAAAUCUCUGAUUGAGGAUUGUAUUGUUAUUGAAAAUGAAGGUCUUAAGAGAAAUCCUCUAACUGACGAAAGUAAAGAAGGAUUACAGCAGAAAGAAGAUAGUUUAUCCAAGAAUAUAGUAAGACAAAUAAAUAGGAUUAUUAUUAAUAAUAUUGCUGACAAAGUUCCACACAUACUGUCAUCACAGGUAGACUAUGAUCCCAAACAUGAAGCUUUUUGGUUUAUGGGGGGUACUGAUGUACCAGCUAAAGUGGUCAAUUGGAGAAAACAAUUUGCUUGGCUUAAAGACCGUUUGCACGAGCCUAUUGAUAGACCAAUACAAUAUACAGGUUCACCUAUUUUGACAAUAAGAAAUCAUCUUCCUUUAAAACCUUUUAUUCCAUAUAAUGAGGCUGAAAACCCAGAAUUCAAAGUGGAAAAAUUUACAUAUGUGCCAGAGAGUGUUGGAUAUGGGGUUACUUUUAGACAUGGCACCAAUAUACCAGGGUUUUGGCCUGGUGAUCUUGAUGAAUUUGGGCUGUUAUCAUAUCACAAAAGAGGUCAUAUUCUCAAGAGGAAUGAGCAUUUUGGUACCCUAGACAAUUUGGAAGCUUUACACUGCCAGGCUAUGAAAGCCAGUUUUGGCUGGUUAUUAGCGCAAGCUAAUUAUCAAGGGUUUACAACGUAUAAUGAUAUUACAUACCCACUAACAACACAAACUGUCAUAACAAAUGGACAUCUUAUAUCAUUUUAUGCUUACCAAUUAAAUACAAUUACUAUGAAUAGAGACAAGAUAGAAAAUAAUCCUAAGCAUAAUAUCUGCUUUGGAACUAAACCAUUCUUAUUAUAUGAGAAAUUAGAAAAUGGAAAAGUAAUGGGUCUUAAUGAGGAUGUAUUGAAAAUGCUUGUUCAAUUUUAUUUGAAUGCACCAGAAGAGCGAGAACAUGAAUUAAAACCAUAUCUAGGUAAAGAAGAACAGGUAAUUGCUGACAUUGAAGACGAUAAUAAGAGGUGUUGGCUUGAAAGCAGAUACAAACAUUUAAUGUCAAAUACUCCUAGACAUAACCUUCUACCAGAGGUCUAUCACUGGGAAAAGAUUUACAAAAUACAACACAAAACUCGCUUCUUUGAAGCUAAGAGAAGGCCAUUUGAACUAGGAAUCAAUCCAUUUAAACGACGUUUAGAUGAUCAUCUACCUUCAUAUAUUCCUAAAGUCUUAAGGCCAUAUCCACGAUCGAAAAAGAAGUUUGAAACAACAUAUUAUCCUAAAGUUUGA